GAUAGCCUGCGAUCGAAAUCACAUUCGAUGCUUGAGAAUAGGGCCACAAGACGGAAAUUUCCUCAGCCGGAGCGCCUGAUCUCCCCGUUCACGGCGCUGGUGCGUCGCUCCGGCAACGCGUUCGAGCUGGCGCACGUGCUGGUGUCGUGGCUGGCGGGUGCGGGGUACGACGCGCUCGUCGCCGUCGGCAGUGCCGCGCGCGACGUGUGCAUGGCCAUCCGGUACCGGACCGAAUGUCCGGACCUGCAGGAGGAGGACAUGACAGUGGAAGAAACUCCACCAGAAGAAGAGGAGCCGCGCUACCGUCUGGUGCCGCUGCCGGACCUCACGUCGCAGUACUGCCGCGAGAUGGACACUAAAGAGAGGGAGAGGAAGCAGGCGCAGCUGGAUAGGAUUGAGAGGAAGAGGCGGGCGAAAAUUGCGGAGCUAGAGAAACCGCCUCCAGACGACAUAGACGGAUGGCGGACACACGCGUGGGUGCUGGUGCUGCCUCCGAACAACGGGGUGGAGGAACCGUUCUUCAUAGAGCCCAGCGACGGCAGGGGGUAUACUCUCGACGCACCGCAGUAUCAAUAUCUGGACAGCGUGUAUGACCAUGAGAAUUAUUAUGUAAACAUCCAAAAAUGCGAUGGUAACCUGAAAUCUCUGAACUACGACCUGACUGACCUCAGCUGCUGGGAGCAUCUUCUGGCCGGUGAGCCUUUUCACCGGCAGAAGUGGGGGAAGGUGGACUUGACGGACAAGCAGACAGCCCGGGAGACGGAGAAACACUUGGAUAUGCCUACCAGCUGGGUGGAGAAACUGGAGAUACCUGUUGAAGAAUACCAACAGAGAUAUCCAGGCAGUCACAAAGUGAUCCACUACAAGAAAGUAAUUUUGGAGAAGUUUGCACCAUACUCGGAGCGCACGGGGAUUGUCAAGAGGAUCAAAACUUUUGACGAUUACGCCCUUACUGUUCCUUUGGUCACUCAUGAAUGGUAUAAGCACAGAGUGGAUAAGAUGGAGUCGCUGAAGGUAGACCACGUCAAGAAGGAAGCUACGGAAGUGUUUGGUAUUGGAAGAUUGGAUCACAUAUUAAAGCACGUAUACUCACUGGAGUCUCCACCUACGAGCGUAGAAGGUGUAAGGACGAUGGAAUUCAACUACUACGCGCGGUUGGACCACCUCACUAAGGUCGUCUGCUCCCCGCUUACCUUCGACGAGGACUACACGAAUAGAGCUGACAGACUCGAAUCUCGUUUCGUAAAAUACAUAGAAGGAACCAAAUCGGAACCAAAGCGCAAAGUGAAAGAAAUUGUUGAGACGUAUGGACGCAAUCCAGACGUACCAGCCAAAGACGAUGUCUGGAAGAAGGUGUUUCACAUACAAGAGGAAACCAUUGAACUGUUUUACCAUUACGCAUAUAAUUUUGUAUCAAACAAUACUAGAAAGUUCUUGAAACCUAACUUGGCUGAAACUGGAGGGAAAGUUUUGUUUUAUCCUGACAAAACAUCGGCUUACAUUGCAGAUGCGCGCACUAAGCCUCCCAGACCUCUAGACGUCUACUACAGCCUCUGCAAGAACAUGGAGUGCGAGGACAAAUCCCUCAAACAGCUGCGAGACAGGGAGGCAGAUAUUACCGACUACCUGAAGGCGAGGCACAGGGAGCUCACUGAACCGAAACUAGCUGUCGCCCUCUUUGACACUGAAAAGAAUGAGGACGCUAAGAGAGGAUGGAAGGAACAGGAAAUCAGGAAAGCCGAAGUGUCGGAGCGCGAGAAGGAGGCGGUGAUAGACCCGCUGGCACCCUACCUGGCGCGGAUGUUCGGCUCGGGACGCGGGCCGGUACAGCUGACCACGAAGGAGGCAGCCAUAGUCCGCGAGCAGUGCGUCGUCGACUUCCGGGCCAAGCAGUUCGAGAGGCAGAACCUCGUGCAGGAACGGUUCAACAAGCUGAACAGCGAGUACAAGAACAAGAGGUUGUGGUAUCUGGCGAACCAAUUUAUUUUGACCCCAGCAAAGGAAACCGCUUAUUUUGAACAGAGUGCUUCACUAGCCUUCGAGGUGCAUACCUUGGAGGUGCGUCUGACGCGACACAAGGACCUGUCGGGGCCCCGGUUUAGGGUCUUAGAGGAAUACCUCGACCAACAUCCCCUACUGAAGGACUUCAACCGAAUGAGGCGGAUGCAGCAGUAUAAACAGAAUAUGAAAACUGAAUAGGGUUGAAAAAAGUUUUUGUUAGCAUUUAUACACUUUUUUUACAUAGCAUUCAAUUAAAUAAAUUAA